GUGGAGAAGGGCUCGCCCAUUCUCAUCACCGGCCCAAACGGGGCUGGCAAGACAGCUUUGGCACGCGUGCUGCUGGGCCUCUGGAAGACAUCUGGACGAGAUGCGCAAGUUUCAGUUCCGCGUUCGAUGUCCAUUGUCCCACAAAGACCAUAUUUGGCGCCUGGUUGUUUGGGUGAUCAGGUCACCUACCCGAAGCGCUUUGUUUUCGCAGAAGACAUGGGGAAGGCUGAGCAGGCAUUGAAAUCCGUAGGAUUAGGUCAUCUGCUGGAUCGUCAAGAACAUGGUUGGGCGGCUGUUUGCAGGUGGGAAGACGUACUGUCGGGAGGAGAGCAGCAGCGGAUUGCCCUUAGCAGAGCGCUCUUCCAUCAGCCUGAUUUCGCGCUGCUGGAUGAAUGCACCUCCAUGGUGGCAGCGAAUGCAGAGGAACGUCUUUACGAUUGUGUUACGGCUGUGGGCGUCACACCACUGACCAUGUCACAACGGUUAUUCCUACCAAAACUUCACAAGCAAGAACUCCGCCUUGGCGUUGAUAGCCCAUCGAGAUGGCAUUUGGCCCAGCUGCAGAAUGGCAGUGGUUGA